AUAUAACUUAAUGUCGUUUGCUAGAAGUGAUAGGAAGACAGAAUCAAGUUUCAAGCUCAAAGGGAACUCUAAAAUUGGCCCUGGAAGCUACAUUGGUCUCCGUAAAUAUAAAGUCCUUCCUAACAAUGCACCUUUCAAUAUUUCUUCAAAGGAAAAACAUCAAAAAGAAGGCCAGGCUGAGUCGCCAGGCCCAUGAAGCUACAAUACUGUCCUCAACAACGGGAUUUUGAGUGGCUCUGAAUUCCAAUAUACCCAGAAUAACUUGACUUCAGUGUAUUCUCUUCGGCAAUUAGAGAAUUUUAAGCCAACAACAAGUUUUAUUUCCAAGGUUGGCAGAUUUAAUCCUCCAAAAGAGAAAGAGGUCAUUGGCCCAGGGUACUAUAAUUCUUCAACAAUUAAUGAUAGCUGGAGUUCACCCUGAUACGCUACUUUUAGUAAGAAUAAAACUCUCAUGAGGUCAGUAGAUCCUGGACCUGCGUCUAUUCCGUCUCAUAAUGGAGUAUUUGGAUACCAAGAGACACCUGAUGGGAAGGUUAUAAGACAAGGGCCUAAGAAUGUCAUACAUACUGGGACAGGAAAUGAUAAAGUCGGCCCAGGUCAUUACGAGACUGAAACUGCGUAUAAGAAGGUACUUUCGACUAAAAAUUCUGGUUUCAAAGUUCCAAAUGCAGAUAGAAGAACUUUCUUUGACAACUCAAACUCAAUUGAUAUUGGACCAGGAGAUUACGAUCUUCCAAAACCAGGAAAAAGAUAUAACUCCUUGUAUUCCCCGAAAGUAUAUGUCGGGCCUAAAACUAUUGUAAGAGGGCUUCUCAGAGAAAAUAGACAUGACUCUUACCUUGACGAUCUUGAAGAUUCAAAUGAUGAAGAUUCAGGACCUGGACCUGGAAACUACGAUCCAUAUAUGAAUAGUUAUUUUAACAAAACAUCAAUCUCAACAGACCUCCAAUCAUAUUCUAUCUCAGCCGAGCGGUUCAAAAAGCCUCACAAUAUUAACACAAAGGUUGGUCCAGGCUCAUAUAAUCUAAGAGGAGAGCCAAGCAAAUACACUAUCACCAGAUCAUCUAAGAAGAAUAGGUCAAGUCCCUUUAUCUCUGGAGAGAAACGUUUCAGCGGAAUGUACUUAAAGAAGACAAAGCCUGGCCCAGGAAGCUACAAGUUGAAAUCCCCUCUAGACAAGAAUAAGAAGAAACAGCUCAAGAUUACUAGUUUUGGAACAAAGCAAAAGAGAGGGUAUUCUCAUGAAGGAGAGAAAAGAGAUCCAGGGCCUGGAUAUUAUGAGGGAACAAUGAGUCACACUAUAGAACAUCAGACGAAGUUAAAGACUCAAGAAUCCAGGAAUGCUUAUGGCAGAGUUAUUCCAAAAUCAAGCUCAAUGUUUAUAUCUUCUGUGAAGAAAGAUGCUUCUUAUAUCAAAAAGUCACCUUGAGAUGCUGAUUAUACGACUGAUAACCAUACAAUAGCUUCUAAAAUUUUGAAUAAUAAGAGAUCAUCUGUUGCUAUUCCAGUAAAAUCUCUUAAAAGACCUGACUCAAAAGCUAAUUUGAGAGGGCCAGGGUACUACAAACUCAGAACUUUUCUGGAGACCACCAAGCCGUACAGAAAUAGCACUGCAUUCUUUGUCUCUGACAAGAGAUUUAAGACUCCUAAAGAAGCUUCUCCUGGGCCUGCUCAUUAUCAGACUGAGACUUUAUAAAUUUUAACCCA